UCCCCGGUCAGUUAAGAAUCUUUUCUCUACGAGGCUCGUUUUAAUCGUCUGGUCUCGUGCAGCUCCGUGUGGCUCACAGUCGCGCAGAUAAAGACGCGUCGCGUCUCUCAGGGAGGCGGUGAGAUCGCGCAAUGUGUCUGUCGCAGGAGCGCACUUUGAACUGAGACCCGCAAUGACAGUCGGAUCUUUGAGGCUCAGUGUCACGGUGAACAACAGUCUGAGGAGCCCGUGCGCGAGAAAAGCAUGAAUUCAUUGGAAACGAGCGUCUACUGUUGAAGAACCAACUGCAGGCAGUGCAUUGUGGAGGAAGCAUGUUCAGUCCUCUGAGUGGAAAGCAGCAGCCGGCUGGUCCGGGCCUCACAGAUCUGCAGCAGUACAGUCAGUGGCUGGCCAGUAGACAUGAGGCCAGUUUGCUGCCCAUGAAGGAAGACCUGGCGCUCUGGCUCUCUAGCAUGCUGGGUGUGGAAAUCACAGCUGAGAGCUUCAUGGACAGGUUAGAUAACGGUUUCCUGUUGUGUCAGCUGGCUGAGACUCUGCAGGAGAAGUUCAGGCAAAAUGACUCAGAUGUGAAUUCACCAGGAAAGUCGAUCCCCAGCCGCAGGAUUCCCUGCCGAGCCAGUGCCGCGUCCGGUUCCUUUUUCGCCAGGGACAACACAGCCAACUUCCUGUCAUGGUGUCGAGAGGUGGGCGUGGACGACACCUGUCUGUUUGAGUCAGAUGGGCUUGUUUUACACAAACAGCCAAGAGAGGUUUGUCUAUGUCUGCUGGAGCUGGGAAGAAUAGCAUCCAGAUAUAAAGUCGAGCCACCUGGACUUAUAAAGCUGGAGAAAGAGAUCGAACAGGAAGAGAAGACACCUGAACCUCCGCUCUCACCCGUACCUCCCACUUCCAAUUCCCAAUCUCCAUCUGCUUCUCCAUCCGUCUCUCCAUUCAACAAGACCAACUCCAGCAAAAAAAGCACCGGCAAGCUACUGGAUGAGGCUGUGAAGCACAUUUCUGAAGAUCCACCCUGUAAGUGCCCAAAUAAGUUCUGCAUAGAGCGACAAUCACAGGGCCGUUACCGUGUUGGAGAGAAAAUGCUUUUCAUCAGAAUGCUGCAUAAUAAACAUGUGAUGGUGCGAGUUGGCGGAGGCUGGGAGACGUUCGAGAGCUACCUGCUGAAGCAUGACCCGUGUCGCAUGCUCCAGAUAUCUCGUGUAGAAGGCAAGAUCUCGCCCAUCUCCGGCAAAUCUCCCAACAUCAAAGACCUUGCGCCCGACAGCUACCUGGUAGUGGCGGCCCACUACAAAAGCAAGAAGUAAAGAAGAAAUGUUCUGAAUAAAACAAUGACUUUCAAUGUAACAUUGAAGUACAGCUCACUGGCAAGCCAUUGUAGAUGCCACAAGGACACAUGGACUUCCACUUGGCUUUUAGAACUAACAAGUGUUUAAAGAGAAAAAAUCAUGAUAGUGUAGAUCAGCUAGUUUGUGUAUAACAAAGAUACAGAAGAACCGGAAUCCAGAAACAAGGCUGUUUUCUUGUAUACCAGUUUCUUUCAUUUCUUUUCUUUUUAGUCUCGUUUUGUUUAACUGAUUAAAUAUAAAAUGCGUAAUAACCUAAUACAUUCAAUCAUGUCUAUACAGAAUGAAAUCGCUGGAUUCAUUUAAGUAUUCACUUCUGGUGGCUUUUCUUUUUAGUGUUUCUUAUAUUAACUGUAUUAAUGAUUUUUUUUAUGGGGUAUUAUUAUGUUCUUAGUAUGUAAAAUUGAGUUAUAUAAUCAGAUUACUUUCUUCAAGUAACUAGUAAAGUAACUCAUUACUUUUAAGUUUACACCGAAAUAUCUGAGUUGCUUUCUCAAAUAAGUUGUUUUCCCAUUUAUUGGCAGCUCUCCUGUCCCUGU